UGUGCAUGAGACAGAGGGACACUGUUGGGGAUACCUUGAGUGGCCGCUGAUUGCUGUCUCUGGGCUGGUUGAGAGCUCUGCCCCGCACGCCCAUAGCAUCAGCACUGAGCUGGCCUCUGAUCACCUGGGGUUUAUUUACUGCCACGCUGGGCAUUUUCAGCCGGUGCCCCUGUCUGUUAUCGUUGGAUUACACGGAGCUCGCUCACCAUGGGAUGUACACUGAGCGCCGAAGACAAGGCGGCGGUUGAAAGGAGUAAAAUGAUCGACAGGAACCUAAGGGAGGAUGGAGAGAAAGCUGCCCGAGAGGUCAAACUGCUGCUACUAGGAGCCGGAGAAUCAGGGAAAAGCACAAUCGUCAAACAAAUGAAAAUUAUACAUGAAGCAGGCUAUUCAGAAGAAGAAUGUAAACAGUACAAGGCUGUUGUAUACAGUAACACUAUACAGUCAAUUAUUGCCAUCAUUAGAGCAAUGGGAAGAUUGAAGAUAGACUUUGGAGACCCAACACGAGCUGAUGACGCACGUCAACUUUUUGUGUUGGCUGGAGCAGCGGAAGAGGGUUUCAUGACAGCAGAACUUGCCGGAGUUAUCAAACGAUUAUGGAAAGAUGGCGGCGUACAGGCCUGUUUUAACAGAUCGAGAGAAUACCAGCUGAAUGACUCUGCAGCAUAUUAUCUGAAUGAUUUGGACAGAAUAGCGCAGAACAGUUACAUACCCACUCAACAGGAUGUUCUCAGGACAAGAGUGAAAACCACGGGCAUAGUGGAAACCCAUUUUACUUUUAAGGACCUUCAUUUCAAGAUGUUUGAUGUUGGAGGGCAGAGAUCAGAGAGAAAAAAGUGGAUUCAUUGCUUUGAGGGGGUUACUGCGAUUAUCUUUUGCGUGGCAUUAAGCGAUUAUGAUCUAGUUUUAGCUGAAGACGAAGAAAUGAAUCGAAUGCAUGAAAGCAUGAAAUUAUUUGACAGCAUCUGCAAUAACAAGUGGUUUACAGACACAUCAAUUAUUCUUUUCUUAAACAAAAAGGACCUGUUUGAGGAAAAAAUUAAAAGGAGUCCACUGACUAUUUGUUAUCCUGAAUAUGCAGGUUCAAACACUUAUGAGGAGGCAGCUGCAUACAUUCAAUGUCAGUUUGAAGAUCUCAACAAAAGGAAGGACACAAAAGAAAUAUACACCCACUUUACGUGCGCUACAGAUACAAAGAAUGUGCAAUUUGUGUUUGAUGCAGUGACUGACGUCAUUAUAAAAAACAAUCUCAAAGACUGUGGCCUUUUUUAAAAUGUGGCAUUUUAUGAAUGCAUUUGACUUCACCCUGUUACAACUUGACAGCUUUUGGAGUGACUUAAGGCUCUUGAUGAUGAACGGCGGACCAGUGCUGUACUUGCCAGUUUUAUUAGCUUUAUUUAUGUUCAUGUCUUGUAAAUUUCCAAAAGUAACUGCUACUAGGCCACAACAAACGGAGAAGGAAUCUUGAUUGUAUGUAUAUUGUAAUUGUAGGAAUGUUAUUUGUACAGACAUUGAACAGAAUAUUUUAAUCAUUUUGAAUUGUCCUCGGUUUUAUGAAAUGCUGUUAGAGGACAAUUAUUUUUGCCUGUUUAGGUUAUUUAAAGAAAUAAUGUAAAUUUUUAUUUUUUUCCCUAUUUCUACGCAUGCAUGCUGCCUUAUUCUGUCCUGCUUGGUUUUCCCGCAAAUCUGUAAAAUAACAGAUAAUGAAGCCGAUUGUUGCACAAAACCUGGCGAUUGCAACACAGAAAAAUCACUCCGUUUAAAGCCUUCACUGUGUAUUUUUAUUAUGUAAUAAUUUUCUUGUGCAUUACCAUACUGGUGGUGCCAAAAUUGCAUUUUUUUAUACAUAAAAAAGUCUACUAAACUUUUAUUUGUAAAUUGAUUAAUUCCCUUUUUUGUGGGCUAUAAAUUGCCAACCAACGUUUUGGAAUUGAUUACCAUAUUUGUGUUGGAACAAUCCUGUAGUUGGAAGGCUUACAGUGGCAGUACUUUUUGUAUAGAUAUUCUGUCUUGCAUUAAAGGGAUAUGAAACACAAUAAAUUUGUUUUGUAACUCAGAGGGAGCAUAGAAUAAAAAAAAUUCAGUUUACUUAUAUUCUAUGUUUAAGAGAUGCCUAGGUAGUAGGUGUCAGGAGCACAUUCGUCAGUGCUUUUCAACAACAGAUACCAAGAGAACGAAGAAAAUUUAAUAAUAGAAGUAAAUAAGAAAUGUGUAAAAUUGCAGGCUCUAUUUUAAUAAAGACAAAUUUUUGGGGUUUCAUGUUCUUUACUUAAAUACCCCAUAUGUGCAACAUUUUCAUACACCCUCAGCCAUUGUAUUCAAAUUGUGCAGCCAGAUUAAACGUUUCCUUGAUAUUUCAGUUUUAUUUUGUGGCUUUGUGGUGCUGUAUGUGUAAUUUCCUCACGGUCACUUUUGUCUUACGACCUUAUCAUUCCUUAAAUCAUAAACCGUUUCUACCUGGUAUGCUGCAGAUCCUGUUAAAACAAAAGGGUUUCCUGAUGACUACUGGUAGAAUAUCUUUUGAAUGGGUAUUGUAAAAAUAAAAAAAAAAUGCAGCAGUUUAAUAAAUUGAUGCUAAUAUUCUUCUGAUGUACACUAUAAAAUCUGUUUGAGAAUACAUAUAUAUAUAUAUAUAUAUAUAUAUAUAUAUAUAUAUAUAUAUAUAUAUAUAAAAUCUUUUUUUACUCUGAGUUGCCUGUUAAGACUAAACCACGGUUUGUUUGUUUUUUUACAAUAUUAAACUGUCAUGAGUAUCUCUUGUGUUGUCUACAACAUGUAUAAGUUAAUUGUACUUGUACCUUCUUCAUUAUAGUUUUUGUAUUUCACUGUAAGGAAUGAAUUCAUAGUGAUUAAUAAUUACUGAGGUUACCACUGUCUAAAUUCUUUGUGCCUUCAAUGAUAUAUAUAUUUUUUUCAAUAAAGUACUUGGUAGAUGACCUGCGGCAUAUUCAUAAUGAUGAUAUGUUAAGGUAACAAGUAUGAUUUUUGUUUUCCACUUCACUCUGUAAAAUAAUAGAGCACACUGAUGGAUUCCUUGAUUUUAUCCUGUAAAACUGUGUUGCUAACAAAUCCUAAUAAAAUCUUGCAAUUUUUCAGAUUUUAAA